UGGAGCCUGCCCAACGCCGAGCACUACGCCCUGCAGUACGCGGACGGGCGGCAGACCUACAUCACCGAGUCGAACCGCAGGGAGAUUAAGAACGGGAGCAUUUUACGGCUGACCACCUCCCCGGACCAAGAAGCAGAGCGGUUGUACACUGGCAUCCAGAGCAAGAACUUGGAUGUGAAGACUGACUCACUGAAGAAACUUGCAAGCCUCUCCCAGGAUGCUACCUUUGCUCAAGAGUUCAUCAACAAGAAUGGAUUGGAACCAAUCUAUUCUAUUGUGGAACAAGGGAAUGAUACAGGGGAAAUGCUGGUUUACACCCUGAAGGCCUUCACAGAGCUGAUGGAGCAUGGUGUUGUUUCCUGGAGUAAUCUUACUCCACUCUUCAUCAAGAAGAUAGUGAGUUAUGUCAAUAUGAAUGCAGUGGAUGCAUCCAUCCAGCAGCUCUCCUUGUCCAUCCUGGAGAGCAUGGUGCCUACUGAGCGUGUCCUCUUUGAACAGAUCAAAAAAGAGGUGACAUUGGAUCGUCUUCUCACCCACCUGCAGGUGACAAACGCACAGCUGCAGCUGAAGGCGAUGGCCCUGCUCAUUGCGCUGCUGCUGGCUGCGAGUGACGCCGAGCAGAGGGACAUGAUAGAUUACCUGAGGGAGAAAAACAUCAGGCAGUUUAUCCACAAGAACAUCAUCCACAGCUCUGAGCCGCUGGGGGAUGAGAUGGCCCAUUACCUGUAUGUGCUACAGUCUGUCAGCCUCAACCUGUGCGAGCGUCGCAUGAGGACCUCCAUGGAUCCCUACUCACAGGAACAGCGGGAGCUCCUCCAGUCCCUCCGCCAAACUGCCUUUGAGUCGGAGAGUGAGGUGCCUGCCAGCAACGUCAGCACCGAGCGCCGACGAUCCCUGUGUGCCAAGGAAUUCCGCAAACUGGGCUUCGUGAACAACAGCAACCCAGCAGAGGACCUCCGCCGUGCCCCACCAGGACUCCUUGCCCUGGACAACAUGCUGUAUUUCUCCAGGAACACCCCCAACGCCUACAGCAGGUUUAUCCUCGAGAACAGCAGCCGGGAAGACAAACAUGAGUGUCCCUUUGCUCGAAGCAGCAUCCAGCUCACCCUGAUCCUCUGCGAGAUCCUGCACAUUGGAGAGCCGUGCUCGGAGACGGCUCAGGCCUUUUACCCUAUGUUCUUCGGGCAGGAUCAUUUCUUUGAAGAGCUUUUCUGCAUCUGCAUCCAGCUGGUGAACAAGACCUGGAAGGAGAUGCGUGCAACCCAGGAGGACUUUGACAAGGUGAUGCAGGUGGUGCGGGAGCAGAUCACCAGGACCCUGGCCCUCAAGCCCACCUCCCUGGAGCUAUUCAAGACCAGAGUGAAUGCAUUGAACUACAGUGAGAUCCUGAAGCUGCGGCAGACGGAGCGGCUGCACCAGGAGGAGACGCUGGCUGUGCUGGAACUGCGGGAGAGGCUGAAGCCAGAGCUCCUGGAGCUGAUCCGACAGCAGCGCCUGCUGCACCUUUGUGAGGGCACCCUCUUCCGCAAGAUCAGCAGCCGCCGCAGGCAGGGGGGGGACAAGCUGUGGUACUGCCGCCUGUCACCCAACCACAAGGUGCUUCACUAUGGGGAUGUGGAGGAGGGGGUGCACUCUCCCCCCAUCGAGACCCUGACGGAGAAGAUUCCUGUGGCGGACAUGAAGAUGCUGCUGGUGGGGAAGGAAUGUCCACACACGAAGGAGAAGAGCUCUGGGAAGCAGAACAAGGAUGUACUGGAGUUGGCCUUCUCCAUCGUGCAUGACAUGGAGGAAUACUGCCUCAACUUCAUUGCCCCAACGCGGUACGAGUUCUGCCUCUGGACAGAUGGGCUGAACGUGCUCCUUGGCAAGGAGAUGACGAGUGAGCGAACGCAGACAGACCUCGAUGUCCUGCUGUCCAUGGAACUCAAGCUGCGGCUCCUGGACCUGGAGAACAUCAGCAUUCCUGACAACCCCCCUCCUAUCCCAAAGCCCCCCAGCAACUUAAACUUCUGCUAUGACUUCAGCCAGGCAGAGCAGUGA